AAUUUCGCGCUCCCUUCAUUUCCGGCACCCUUCCAUUUGAUUCUACGCUCGAAGCGAACGUUGACAGACACAAAAAAUUUCGUUGCUUAAUAGUUGCAAUUUUGUACAUAAUCAACAAUAACCAACGUAUUACAAACGUAUAAUUAUGAACGUUAUUAUAAUUUUAAUCGUGAACGUGAUGAACUGAAUGGUAAUCGAAUAUUUUUAAUGAUGGUUGAAACUGCUUGCGAUCCUACGAUAGAUAAACACUUUAAAGGCCAUGAAGAUGCUAUUACAAGUUUAUGUUUCCAUCCCGAAACUACUCACUUAGCCUCAAGUAGUUUAGAUAAGAGUAUAAUAUUGUGGAAUUUAAGGGAGUCUGUAAGGGCUUGUAAAUUUUUUGGGCACAAGGAUGUCGUGUUCGACGUGGCUUAUGCACCGUCAGGAGAAGUCACAGCCAGUGCUUCGAGAGACAGAUCUGUUAGAAUUUGGGUUCCCAAGGUGACGGGACAGAGCAUAGAUUUUAAGGCACAUUCAGGAGCUGUUAGAUCAAUACAAUUCAGUCCUGACGGAGAGAAGUUGGUCACUGCGUCAGAUGACAAGAGUGUCAAGUUAUGGGAAGUAUGUCAAAAAAGAUUCCUUAUGUCAUUUGUAUGUCACACAAGUUGGGUGAGAUGUGCCAGAUUCUCUUUAGAUGGUAGACUUAUAGUUUCUUGUAGCGACGAUAAGACAAUCAAAUUAUGGGACGUCAUCAGUGGACAAUGCAUUAAGAAUUUUAAUGAUAUAAAAGCUUAUUCUACGCACGUCGAAUUUCAUCCAAGUGGCUCGGUUAUCGGAGCCGCGAACACAGCUGGCUGUGCAAAAUUAUACGAUCUGCGUACUGCUUCCUUAUAUCAGCAUUACCCGACCCACGAUGGUCCUGUGAACAUGAUCAAGUUUCAUCCGAAAGGAAAUUUCAUGUUGACCGCAUCUGAUGAUUCAACGAUGAAGGUUCUAGAUUUAUUAGAGGGUCGUCCAAUUUAUACAUUGAAAGGUCACGCCACUGGUGUAACGUCUGUAACAUUUUCGUCUGAUGGACAGUUCUUUGCCUCCGGCGGAGCAGACCGUCAAUUAUUGAUAUGGAAAACGAAUUUCGACAAAGACGAUAUUGCUCGCAAAAUACCAAGACAUUUGGUCUCACCAGUUAAAGAACUGGAAUUAGAUAUCGAAGAUGAAAUAUUAACCAAAGCGUCCGAAGAAGAAGAAGAAGAUAUCGAAUCGAUAAAUGAGAAGUUUGAUACUCUGAAUAUACAGAGUGACAAGCCAUUUUGUGAGGUACCAAACGCUGGAGUGUUAGACGGGAAAGUUGGCUACGAAGUUAUAAAUCUUAGAAAUCAAAGACCCGUCGAGGAAGGUCGGAUCGUCAAUGUAACAAGUUUACCGAAAAAGUCUCCCAGUGCAUACUCCUGUAAAGUAGUACAUGCACUUAACGACCAAGUACAAUCACUAAGCGACGCUGUCACCGUUUUAGAACAGCGCUUGUCAGUAUUAGAAGAAGAAUUAAGAAAAUAAAUUUUUGUCUUUUAUUUAUAAA